AUGUUGUUUAAGGUGCGUGCUAGAGUUGACUUCACAAACAUCAAAUGUGAAGCCGUGGAUCCGACCUACAACUCAAUACGAUACUGUUAUAUUCGGGCAGUGAAUCGCACUUACAAAUAUAUAUCGGCGGCCAAUCAUUUCCUCUCGAAGGAGCCAAAAUAUAAUAUAUCGGUUGGUGUUGCAACGCUGAAACGCGCCAACGGUUACAAGCCCUUCCUCUAUAACGUCACAGUGGAUGGCUGCAAAUUUCUUCGCACGGGUGGCAAUACCCUACUGCGCUUCAUACAUGGCCUCUUCCACAAGUACUCGAAUGUUAAUCACACUUGCCCUUACACACACGACAUUGAGGUAAACAUGUUGCCGGUAAGUCACAUCGAUAAUUUACUGACAAAUGUGCUACCAUUCCCGAGGGGAAUCUAUUGGCUAUUGUUGACGCCACCGCAGUGGAUUUCAUCAAAGGAACCCAGCAAAUUUGUUACUGCCGCAUCUGCCUCUACUCCAGCUGCUGUUACGGGUGCUGCUGCCGAAAACAAGGAAGAAACUAAAAAGGAUGAGUCGGAGUCAGAGAAAGACGAUGAUAGGAGUUUUGGUCUCUUCGACUAA